AUCACUCUUCUCUCUCUUCCUCACAGUCUAUUGAAUAAGACAUCAGAGAGUCACAUGUCUUUGUUUUCAGCGAAAAGGAUAAAUGUCUACAAAUUCUUAUUUGUGGGUUGUCCUCAUUUUUGUAAAGUAAAAUCAAUUUUCUCCACUUGCUCUAUUCAUCCCCCCCAUCAUAAAGGAAAACUACUUUCUCAAAUCCCCUCUUUUCUCCAUUGUAGUAUCUGUAUUCUGUACUAUCAUUCAGUGUUCUUCCAUCAAAAUUUGAUGCUACAUUGCUCAUGUUUUUCUCCUUAUUUCUCUCUUAAUUUUGGCUUUCAUGGAGAAAUCUAGCAUUGUAUGUCUUGUUCUCUUCUUCAUUACACUCUCAGCCUCAUUCUCUCAAGGUGGUCAUGGUCAUCACUCUGCUUCUAAACCCAGGUCUCAGAUCACUGUCAUUGGUACUGUUUACUGUGAUAUAUGCUCCAAUAACACCUUUUCUAGGCACAGCUACUUUUUACCAGGAGUGGAAGUGAAAGUAGAUUGCAAGUUCAAGGCAACAGCAGCAAGAGCAGCAGAAGAAAUAACAUUUUCAGUGAGUAGAACAACAAAUGAAUAUGGUUGGUACAAAUUGGAGAUACCAUCAGUAGAUGGGAUAGAAUGUGCAAGAGGAGCAACAGUUGAAUCAGUUUGCAGGGCAAGUUUAGUUGGAAGUUCCACUUCUAAAUGUAAUGUACCUGGUUAUACAACUACUACUGAUGUGGUCUAUUUUAAGUCUAGCCAGCAAAAUAUCUGCAUAUAUGGCCUCAGUGCUUUGAACUUCAGACCUUCCAGGAAAAACAAGGAUUUGUGUGCAAAUUAGCAAGCUGUUUAUGCUCAAAAUAUCAUUACCAUGCUGCUCUCUUUGUUUCUUUCUUUUGCCUUUUUUGUCUCUUUAAUAUUUAAUAAAAAGUAAUUAUAUACUCAUAA